AUGGCGCAGCUGCUGCUCGCCGUCGUCUCGGCGCUCAGCCUCCUCUCGCCGCGCACGGCGGCAGCAGCGACGUCGACAACGUCCGGCGGCAAGCCCCUGGUGACGGCCAUCACCAGGGACGCGGCCACCAAGCUGUACACGGCGCCGCUCAAGGACGCGCUGCCGCUGGUCCUGGACCUCUCCGGCCCGCUCAUCUGGUCCACGUGCGCCGCGGCGCACCCGAGCUACGAGUGCCACCACGCGGCUUGCGGGCACGCGCACGCGCACCACCCGCCGGGCUGCCCGCGCACGGGCCACGGCGUGGCCGACGAGGACGACCCGUUCCGCUGCAGGUGCAGGGCGCACCCCUACAACCCGUUCGCGCGCCGGGCAGGGUCCGGGGACCUCACGCGGACGCGCGUCACGGCCAACGCCACCGACGGCGCCAACCCGCUCGCCGAGGUCUCGUUCACCGCCGUCGCGGCCUGCGCGCCGCGGACCUUGCUCGCCGGCCUCCCCGCGGGCGCCGUCGGCGUCGCCGGCCUCGCGCGCUCCAAGCUCGCCCUGCCGGCGCAGGUCGCCAGCAAGCAGAAGGUCGCCAGGAAAUUCGCGCUCUGCCUCCCAGGAGAAGGCAACGGCAUGGGAGUGGCCAUCUUCGGCGGGGGCCCGCUGUUCCUGCUCCCUCCGGGCCGGCCCGACGUCACGGCAUCGCUGGCGGGCACCACGCCGCUCCGUGGGAACCCCCGGGUCCCUGGGUACUUCGUUUCGGCCAGGGGCAUCGCCGUGAACCAGGCGCGGGUGGAGGUGCAGAAGCUGGGGCCACUUGCCGUCGCGCUGUGCUCGCGCAUCCCCUACACGGUGCUCCGGCCGGACGUGUACGCGCCGUUCGUGAGGGCGUUCGACGCGGCCACGGCCGGGAGGAAGAGGGUGACCCCGCCGAAGCCGCCGUUCGAGCUGUGCUACGACUCGCGAGAGCUCGGGUCGACGCGGCUCGGCUACGCCGUGCCGCAGGUGGACCUGAUGCUCGAGAGCGGCGCCAACUGGACGGUGUUCGGCGGCAACUCCAUGGUGCAGGUCAGCGACGACACCGCAUGCUUCGCGUUCCUCGAGAUGAAAAAGGAAGAGAAGCAGGAGGGAGGGCACGGCUACGGCGGCGGUGCGGCGGGGCCGGCGCCGUCGGUGGUCAUCGGAGGGUUCCAGAUGGAGAAUAACCUGCUGGUGUUCGAUGAGGAGAAGGGACAGCUCGGCUUCAGUGGCCUGCUCUUCGGAAGGCAGACGACGUGCAGUAACUUCAACUUUACUCUCGCUGGCUAG